UUUACCGAAGUAUAUUAUAGUAUAUAACAUUGCAGAUAACUUUUUCUGUUUAUUUGCGAGAGAAUGUUGAAAUAGGACAGUGCAAAAUGCUUCCAAUAUUUUCAUUUCUAUUGUUUGUUUUGGCCUGCAAAGCGGAUCACACUGAAGAAAGAAACCGGGGAGCUACACUUAAACCGAUUUCAACGUGUUGUGAUAUCCCAGAGUUAGGUGACGAUAAGCAUUUAGCUGAGUGUUCUGUGCCUAAAUUGUCUGGACCCUGCAACGAUGUCCAAUGCGUCUUCGAAAAGUCUGGUUUUCUAGUGGACAAGUACACGAUAAACAAGGAAGCCUACAAAAAGCAUUUGCUGAAAUGGCUUGAGGGCCACGAGGCAUGGAAGGAUGCGAUCGACAAAGCCAUCAAAGACUGCGUAGACCGAGACUUGAGGCAGUACCUAGAUUACCCCUGCAAGGCCUACGACGUGUUUACUUGCACCGGUAUUGCCAUGCUUAAGAAAUGCCCUAAAGAGUUCUGGAAAUGCUGAAGAGACGAAACUGUUUUUUAAUACAAUUAUUGAAGUCAUAAUUUGACGUUUUUUAUUUUAAUAUUUAUAUACCUUUCUCUUUCCAAAUUAUAACCUACCUUAUGCUAUACAAAGACCAUAAACAACUGUAGACAAAUCAAUACUUUUGUUAAAUAUUGUAUUCUACAAGAGACUUAUUAAAAUUUAAAUCUUUCAA